CCGGGCUUAGCGCGGAAAAAUCCCUAGUAAACCUAAAAGCACCAGAUCUCGACGCGGAAACGAAUCGAAUCGAAUCGAUUCUUCGAAGAUGAGUCAGUUCACAGGUCCUCUCCUUCCCGAUUACGCCGUCCCCAGUGCCUACGAUCUCCGACUAGAUCUCGACGUCGUCGCCGGCUCUUUCACCGGGACCGUCGCCGUGAACGUCAAACUAGUCAAGGAAGUUCGAUUUAUCGUUCUGAGCGGAGUAGGUCUAUCCGUGGACAGAGAUGCCGCUUCAUUCACGCCUUGUGAAUCCUCUGAGGUUGUUCUGAGCGGAGGAGAUCUAUCCCUGAACACCAGUACCAUUCCUUCAUCAUCCAAGUUAUCCAAGUUUCGAGUCGUUGCAAUCAAAUACCAUGAACAAAAAAUUGUUCUGGAGUUUGAAUCCUAUCUCCCCAGAGGCCAAGGAGUUCUCGAUUUGGUUUUCAGUGGAGAAAUAACAAAGGGACUUUUCAUACGCUCUGGCUACAAUGAAAAGAAGUGUGCUCGGAGUUUCUUCCCCUGCUGGGAUGAACCGGUGUACAAGGCGAGGUUUACAAUUGCUAUGGAACUUCCGGUGGAGUUUGCAGCGGUUUCGAACAUGCCAAUCCUGGAAGAGAAGGUUGAAGGGAACCGUAAGGUAGUAUUUUACCAUGAGUCACCAAAUAUGGCAACAUAUUUGGUGACCAUGAUUGUUUGUCCGCUCCAGCCAGAUAUUGAGCAAGUGCUGACUCUGCAGCAGCAACCACUCUUCUCUCGGGGUUUGAAGCAAACUGUGGAAACGGAGAUAUUGGAUGGCGAUAUUGUGAUGAACAGGGAAACAGAAAAAGUUAGCCGUGUGGGCCGUGAAGAUGAUAAGCUGUUUCUCUUCCCUAUUGAUAAAGCCGAAAAAGAAGAGCUCCGGAAGGACGAGGUGGUUGUUGUUUCGAGAUCCUUCUUUCAUGGGCAACCGGUAUGUUUGGUAACAGAUCAUCUGAAGCUCGGGAUUAUAUGUGGAAUAGACAUGAGGGUUGAUUUAGCAUCUUCUGACGGAAAAACGAUAGCUCACCGUGACAUAGGAACAGAGUCAUUAGAGCGGAAUAGAAGAUUCUUUGUGGGUGACACUGUCGUUCAUGGUUCAUGGUUUGGUGCAGUUGAAGGUGUAGAAUUGAAGGUGAAAGUCCACCUAGAAACUGGCGUUACAAUUACUGUUCCAGAAGCUGCGACAAAAGAUUAUGAGCCCAUUUUCAAAACUGCGGCUGAAAGUUAUCUCGAGGAGCCGUAUUAUGUGGGGCAAGAAGUGAUUGUUCAUGUAUAUGAUGAUCCUCUUACAGGAGUUAUCACUCAACACAAGGCACAUAUGGUGGAGGUAAAAUGGAUUCAUUGCAAUCCGUUGAGAGAAGAGAAGGAGCCAGCUAAGACGUUUUGGUAUGGUUAUGCUGAAAGAAUCCAUGAUCCUAGAGCUACUAGUUCGUUUUGGUCUCUGGGUAGUAGGUGUAUUUUUGAAGGAAAAGAGUUUGUAAUUGCUGGAGUGAGGAGCAUGGUCAAGGUGAAGUGGCAAGAAGGCUUUGUUGAGGUCAUUAGCAGCACCGAAUUGGUGGAGAGUGGAGAGUUCUUCAGUGGUCAAUUUGUAGCUAAGAAGGAAGGAGAAGGGGUGGGCUUUGUGAGGUUUGUGGUAGAUAGGAUAGCAUGUGUGGAGUGGGUUAAAGAAGAAAAACCUGAGCUUGUGCCUAUUUCUGAGCUACAGCCUCACGCAGAAUAUAGGUUUCAUAUCUCGGAUGUUGUUGCUAAGAAAUCUGGUUCAGGAGAUCGAGGAUUUGUUGUUGGAAUGGGGAAUGGGAAACUCGAAGUGGAGUGGUGGCUCAAUAAGACAAUAACUGUGGUUCAACCUGAAGAGAUUACAAGGCUUUGUUAUUUUGUUGGGGAAGAUACCUCUGAAGAAGAUGAGGAUGAAGAGGGCUCUAGUGAUGAUGACACACCGGCUUUUCUUCUCGGACCAGUAGCAAUAGCUUCCUCGGGUUCAGUUCCUCUGGAACCUGCUUCUUCCUCCUCCUCCUCCUCCUCCGAUGAAGAUGAAGAUGAUGAUGACAGGUGGGGAUGAAGGUGAUGAUGACAGAUGGGGAUGUCAUGAAGAUACUCGUACUAUUUGGUUUGUCAUUUGAUAUUUGAAGGUUUUUUCUCGUGUUAUGAUACUUGUGGUUUGUCAUCCGAAGAAGAUGAAAGGUGGGGCUGAAGAUGACUCCUUGGAAACCAGACUUUAGAAGAUAAAAAAAAAAAAACGUUGAAUACUAUUGGUGAGUAACUUGGAUAUGUUCUCUCUUGAUAGACAAAAUGACCUGUUCUGAGAGUUGCUUAAGAUUGUGAGAAACUUGUCUUUGACUUUAUAAUGCGUUUUUCUCCAUAUUGGCAUUUAGAUUUCUUGUUGCUGUGGAGAUUGUUUAGGCACCAAAGUACCAACAACAUUUGCAAAUAU